CAUAUAGUACCUUUUUUUUAUUAAUUCACCAGUGCAGUUUUUACUCAAACCAUAGGGAAAAGCUCCGGAAAAGUUUGGGUUGCGUGGGUGUUGUCCCCACUCCACGUUUUUGCGAGGUCUCCAAGUAGUCAAUUGCAUGACGAAACAGUCGCGGAACAGUUGCGUCGCUCUUUGAUUAGCUGGAAAGCGGGAAAAAUCCAUAAAUUGAUUGAGGAAAAACAGGAAAACUCAAAUAAAAUGCUGCUGCCGACGGUAAGCGGAUCAUCCGCCGUUGGAUACAAGUGGAAAAACUGUUGUCGGCGCAGCUGGGAAAUGCUAAUGUCACCCGUAUCUCCCAAGAAUCUAAGGACCACGGCCUUGCUGACCAGCAUCUAUCAGUUGUUGAUCUCGCACUGUGCCCUUUUCCUGGUUCUUUUGGGCUUGGCUCAUGCUGAGCAGAUGUGCGAGGUCUUGGAGCUGGACAUCCUGGACCAGAAGGACAAUGGUUUCUACAACAUGUCACCCUUCCACAACGAUCUUCGCCUGCAGACUGCUUCCCAACUGGCAGCAGCCACUGAAAAUCUACUCUACGUGAUGGCUGGAGUUGCGGGAAUUUACUCCAUCAGUACCAUAUCCCUGUUCUUCGGAGUCUACAAGAAUCGACCGGGCCUAAUCAUUCCCUGGCUUGUUGUGGAGUUCUUUUUGAUGAUGGGUCUGGGAGUUCUAGUUUUCAUGCUAAGAGAUACGAAAGUGGUGCAGUUACUGGGUGGUCAAGUGCCCUACUUUAUCGUCUGCUACAUCUUGAUCUGCAUGGACUACUGCAAGUGGUAUGUUAUGCACAGCUUCUACCAGAGUCUGCGUACCAUGAACAAACUCCGGGAGAUUGCCACUGUGGCUAUACCUUGUCCAGCUCCAGGAGCCAUACCCUAUCGUUUCCAACGCGAGCACAUGUAUCUGGGCAGCAAUGGCUAUAAGCACAUCCUUACCGAAUCUCCCGAUGGCCAGUGUUAAGUAGAUGAAAAGAGAUUCAAUUUUUGGAACUUCCCCAUCAGGUGUCUUGAUUGCAGUUGUACUACAGUUUCUGUAUUGCAAAACAGAGUGUGAUAUGGUUAUAGAAGAGAUACUAUUUUAGAUAGCCAACGGAUAUGGAAAGAGGAAGGCAUAUUAACACAUAUUACGAAUCGUUGAAGCUCGUCUAUAUCCCAAGAGGAAAGACAGUUCAAAGCAGUCGGCAAUAUUGGUUUGCCGGCAAAUACAUAAACUAUUUUUGUGUAGAACUAACUCUUAAAGUCGCGUAAGCCACGUUACUACUCCAGCACCUAAAUAAAAGUUUGGAAGUGAAGAAACGAAUUUUAAAAAUAAAAUAAUAACUUAGAAAUUGCCAGAACUCGAACUCGGGACUUCCAAGCGAAGUCCGCACACUCUAACCUCUAGGCUACGAAAGCAAGAGAAACGCGAAGGCUUAAGUCUCAGUUUGAUGCGGAAUGUUAGACUCGAUUGAUUUUAAAUUGGCAUUCGAAUAAAUAUCAACGAAGUUUAAAGUUUAUUUUCUUUGUAGAAAUAACAGAAGUUUACUAUACCUACUAAAUAUGCCUUAAAUUCAGUUAACUAGCAAUAUUUUAAGUAUUCCUGUUUUGUAGCACAGAACAACAAAAGUAUGAAUAUCAAAUAAAAGUGCAACAUUUUAA